GACUGCGAAGCGAGGGGGGCGGAGCUCCUCUUCCAUUUCCUCGAUGUGAAGUUCUUUGGACUUUGCUCAUCGUCUUGGAGAAAUCUACGAAAUCAGGAGACGUGAUGAAUGAGGAACUUGUGGUGCGUCUCAACGACAAAGAAUACACAAACUGGCUGAAAGCGGGACGAUGUCUGUAUAUCUUGAAGGACGCCCUCCACCCCUACACCGAUGAGCAGAUGCGGGCUUUUCACCGAGCUUUACUCCGUGACAACCCUCGUCUCCGUGAACAAUGCCCGCGAUCCUGUCAGUCCGGGGACAUUAAGCUUUCCAGGGCAUGCGGGCUUUGUUUACAGUGGAAGUCUGAGAUCCUCAACCACCACAGACAACCCGGUAGCACCCUGAACUGGGACAACUGUUCUCCUCCUGCGUGGAGGACAAACCACUGGGAGUUGGCCAAGGCUUACAUGCCACGAGGUCAGGCCCACGUCAAUGCGGCACAUCAGUGCGAUCCUUCUGCGCUGCUCAACCUCAUCAACUUCUGUGACUGUUUUGGAUCUGUAGAUGUCCAUUCGUCUCAUGUGAGGGAGCUGAUCAGAUGCAGGAAUGAUCUGAUGCAUUCUCCUGACCUGCAUGUGAAGGAGGCGUGGAUGAAAAAAUUCAAGGUUGUACUGCGACGUUUUGUGCAGCUGUUCAGCCAAGUACCCAGCAUGGCGCUGGCUGAACCAAGACUUGCUCAGAUGCUGGCAGUCGAUUUGUCAAUAUGUGCUAUGGACACUGUGGAUUAUACUGGCAUGGCACUAGCUGCUGAUUCUUUGGUUUACCAUAGCGGCCUGAGGCCUGAAUCAAUCAGCCAAUGGGAGACUGAUUUACUACAAGAGAGGCUGCGGGAGUUGCGGCAUCUGGCUGAAGAUGAGACCGUGGACACUGAGCAGCUGAUGAUGCUGGAUGGUUUCCUGCAAGAAAACAAAGAUCUGGGCCAGAGGUUUUCUGGGGAGCUGCAGGCCAUCAGCACACUGGGGACUGGACAAAAGAAGAGCUGACCAACCGUCCAGAGAUUUGGGCCAAAAAUGAAGGCACGUCUGAUGGUUUGACUGUCAACGAUCUCUACAUUAGGUUUUUAUGUACUAUGUUCCCACUUCGGACAUUUUUUUUAAGGUUGAGAAGUACAGUAUGCGACUUUAACAGCUAGAAACUCCAAAGUCAUAGUUUCUAAAAUGUAUUUUGGUACAUUUUUGAAUGAGAAGUGCUUUGGCUCCUUUCUUUAUGUUGCUAUCAAUUUGUCUCUUGCACUAUUGUUUAUAUUGUAUCUCUAUAUUUUCUUUACUGUUAUAGUACAUGUGUAUUAUGCAACAAAUAAUGUUACUCAAUACCAAUGCUGAAAGCAUUAAGAGUAUGCUAGAAAAGUUUCAUUACGGUUAGAUGCUUUAAUUGUUUUUUUUUUUUUUAAAGGCCAAUAAUUGGGGCAUCAAUUGGAUGGGAGCCAUUAAAUAGUUACAAUGCCUAUGAUUGAAAUGACGGUGACUUGUCUCAUGUAAAUGGUAUUUUUAUUUAUUUCUGAUCCUACCACUGCAAUGACGUGUGGACAAAAAAAAAGUCGGGGGGGGGAAACUUCAGCAACUCCAGGGACAGAAAAUGGAUGGUUGGAUAGAUUCUGUGGUGACUUGCGCCACCUUAAUGGCUUCAUUUAGUGCUGCCAUACUCCAUCUAUUUCUCUUUCUUUGCAGUACAAGAGUGUCGUUCAUUUUCAGGCCCCUUUGAGAGAAGCUCAGGUUCCUUUGGAUGGCUAAUUGUGGUUAAUCCUUCUCAUGGCUAAUUAAAACAUAGGGCUGAAAGGUACUGUACCAUGACAUUUCCGAAUCACUUUGUGUGUCAUCAAUUUUGCAAAUGGUGACACUGCGAUCCAAAGGAGGAGGAUGAGCUCUUGCACAGAGAUUGCGUGCAUCUACAAUGUGUAUUCAGGCAGCGUUGUUGGCCAACGGUGCAUUCAUCAAGCGGACAAACUGAAAAUGAGAAGAGUAACGCAGUAAAGGGACAUCCAUCACCGGUGUUCUGUCUGUCAUUUGUGUCAAAUUACAAAAUCAUAUCAGGACCAAAAAAA